AUGGAUAAAUAUGAUGAAACUGAGGCGGAGCCAGAGAGACGAGAGUACAGCAGAAGUGAGAAUGGAAUAGCACAGAGACUGGAAGGAACUGUGCCAACUGCAGUAAGGACUCUGAAUGGUCUAACAGCCUUUGUAAGUGAGAGAGAUGGCAAAAUCAAGCGAAAAUGGUUCACUGCUGCACCAGGGAGUUAUGAGUGCUCUGUUACUGGUCUCCGGUGGGAGAGCUCCAGUGAAGUUGAACUGGAAUACUGCUGGAGUAACUGGGAACUAGUGAGUGAGGUUCUGGUGAGAGAACAGUAUCAUCCUGGUGGCCCUUUGCUGGACAUUACUGUUGUCAGAGGGACGCUGAAUGCUGUCCAUCUACCACACUUUCUCUGUUUAGAUUCUUUGGAUUCCUUGAGUGAUGAGGUCAGAGUUCUUCAUGUAGAAGAUGCUGGAAUCACUUUAGAGAAAUUCUGUACAGAAAAAGGAGAACCACAGCAUAGAGAUCCCAAAACCCAGGCCAGAUGCGUCUCUGCAGAUGAAGAAUCAUUACAUGCUGAGCACAUCCUGCUCCUCCCGAAUCAGACCACAGACAGACAAAUAGAUCUCUCCAAGGAGUAUGCUGUAUGGUUUGUGAGCAAUCACAGGAAUGCUCUCAUCCAAAGGGUCUCACUGGUGGCCCCUAUUGCAGUUGAUCUGAAAUCCUUGCUUGGUGGUGAGAAGUACUCAACUAUCAUGAAAUGUGAAACGCCACAGGAGCAGAUGAGGAAGCUCUACUCAUUCAGACCACACUAAUGAAGCAGCAGGAUCAUUUUUAUAAUUUAUUUAAUGGCAACACUUUGCAAUAAGGGUACAUUAAUUAAUGGUA